AUGAUUCCCGUCCCUACCUUUCCCCCUUUUCCCUGUUCCUCUUUUUCUCUGUUUCCCGUUUUCCCUGUUCCUCUUUUUCCCUGUUCCUCUUUUUCCCUGUCCCCCCUUUUCCAUGUUCCCCAUUUUCCCUGUUCCCCAUUUUCUCUGUUCCCCAUUUUCGCUGUUCCUUAUUUUUUCCCCCUUUUCCCUGCCCCCUAUGUCCCUUUUUUUCCUGUCCCCCCUUUUUCCUGUCCCCUUUUUUCCCUGCCACCCUCUUCCCUGUUCCCCCUUUCCCUGUUCCCUUUCCCCUGUUCCCCUUUUUCCCUGUUCCCCCUUUCCCCUGUUCCCCCUUUUCCCUGUCCCCCUGUUUCCCUGUCCCCUUUCCCUAUGCCCCCUUCUCCCUGUCCCCUUAUUUUUCUGUCCCCCUUGUUCUAUGUUCCCCUUAUUCUCUGUUCCCCCUUUUCCCUGUUCCCCCUUUUCACUGAUCCCCAUUUUCCCUGUUCCCCAUUUUCCCUGGCUGCCUUUCCCAGCUACGAGCAGCAUCCGUUGCUGCCAUUCGCCUCCCCCGUUCACCCUUGCCUCCCUCCCUCCUCAUCCCAUUCUCCUCCCUCCCGUUCUCUCCCCCACCCGCUCUCAGCCUGUACUCCCAGGGCUGCUGCCGCCAGCCCACCAGCUACGAGUGAAGCCGCAGAUCGUAAGCUAUCCCCCCCUUCGCCCCCUCUCCCUCCUCCCUUUCUCCCCCCCUCCCUCCUCCCUUUCUCCCCCCUCCCUCCUCCCCUUCCCCCCCCCCCCCUCCUUUCCUUUUUUAUGGCCACACUCAGAAGUUUCUCCGGUCUUGCCUAG